AUGUUACGUAAAGUUGUAAUAGUGAUGGCAGUGUUGAUAUUUAUAAAGCAGAUAGUAAAUAUUUUUUUAAAACUAAGAUACGGGAAUUGCUUUGGAGGAAUGUUGGCAAGUGCUGAUUCAGUAUGGGCUAUCGAAGAUACUUCAAGAAAUAUCAUCAAUGUACUAAUAAUCCUAAAACCUAAUCCAAACAGAACUGAAAACAUUACCAGGAAAAUGAAAGAUGUUAUAUUUCAAAAUAUUUUUCAGAAAUCGCAGGAUUUUCCAAAACUCACCAGUACGCGACACAGAUUUAUGGGUUUUAAUUUUUUACUGAAGAAUAAACUUACUGUAAACGAUUGUGUAUCAACUUUAGAAAUCAAACAUGAUGAAGAACUAAAUCAGACAGAUCUACAAGAAAUAAUUAGCAAAUAUUGCAAUAAGCCACUGCCAAAGCAGCAUUCAGCUUUGUGGCAAAUUUUAGUCAGUCCGAAACCUAUUCAGUGGCAUUCUAUGGAAGACCCAUCUAACAAGUACCCAGUUCUAUUAAGAUUCAGCCAUGUAGUAGGAGACGGUUUAUCAUUCGUGAAUCUCAUGUUGAGAACAUUUGCUAACAGCAAUACACUGGAAACUUCGUCUAGUCAUUUAGAAUAUCCAAACAGUGAUAUGUUCUCAAAAUCAAUACGUGCUACCAAAAAUUUUGUAAAUACGCUAUCAAUGGUACCGUCAAUGCUGAUUCAACAACACUUUUUAAGGAAAGAUGACAGUAACUCUCUGCAUGGGCCUGAGUUAUGUGGGGAGAAAAAUUUGGUAUAUGCUGUGGAAGUCGAAAAAAAAUUGUUUACAUUAGUCAAGGAUAUAAAAAAAUCUAUUCCAAAUUCCAAAUUUUCUGAUGUAUUGCUAACAGCUGUUUCUAGGAGUCUUGAUGAACACUUCAAAAGGAAUUCACAACCAAUUCCAAAGCAUAUAAGCGUGGUCAUACCUGCAUUACUAUCAGCGCCUGAUAUGGACCAGGCACCAGUAUUACAAAAUCAAUUCAGUGUCGGCAUUUUGGAUCUGCCCAUACAAAUGUGUUCAAGCUCCAUGCUGAAGCGUCUUCAGGAGGUGAUGCAAAAAACCAGUAACUUGAGAAAUUCACUACAAUAUCAGGUUAACUACUGGCUUGUAACUUACCUCUGUGGGUUUAUACCCCAUCCAAUUUUAAAACAAUCUCUUAACACCGAUCAGCUUACUAUGACAAUUAGUAACGUACCUGGAGUACCCAAGGUGACCAUAAUGAAGGACUGUGAUAUCGAAGACAUAAUUUUCUUUACAAACCAUAGAGGCAAAACUGGUGUGGGAUUGAGCAUCCUAACAUAUGACAACAGAUUUCAGUUGGGGCUAGCUAUUGACAAAUCAAUAAUGAAGUCGAGGAAUGAAGCUCAAAGGAUAAUAAAUGAUGUGUUUAAAUAUGUUGAAGUGCUGCACGCAGAAGUUUAUAAGCAAAAUGUAUCCAUAGAACCGUAAUGGGAUACAGGUAUCUAAUUCUAAUAUAAUUAAUGUGGCUGCAAGGAAUAAUUAUCUGAAGGAUGGAUGGACUGACUUUUAACAUAAAAUGAUAUAUGACGAUAGUAAAUAAAUAAAAAAUCAAACGGGGCGUCUGGAAAUGGCACAUGAAGAUAUGAAAUAAACUUCAGAUGGACGUAGAUCUGACAUAAGUUUUUAUAUGCGAAUCUUUUUAAGUUAGCCACAAAAGUAGUGACCGAGAUAUU